GAUUAGACCGGAAGUUGCAUUGUUAUUGCCAUUGGCGGAACUCAGUCGUCAUGGUUGUUUCGUGUAGUUAGCACUGCUGGGUUGUAGCUACAUAUUAGCUCAUGUAAAUGCUGCACUUUAUCCCAGAUUCUUCUUCCUUCGUUUAAACCAUGAACAGGAGCCAGCUGAAGCGGUCCAAUAUCUUGAGGAUGGCUCUAUCCGGCUCGGGAACGAUGGAGCAUGGAGAGACUUUCCUCCUGCGGGCUGUAAGGAUAGGAGCUGUGGUUGCCCUGUACUGGUUUGUUUCAAUAACAAUGGUGUUCCUUAAUAAUUAUCUGCUGGACAACCAAGACUUGGACGCGCCGUUGUUUGUGACUUUUUACCAGUGUGUGGUGACUGUUGGGCUGUGCUGGCUCAUGCAGCUGCUGUCCAAAUUGUGCCCGGGACUGAUCGACUUCCCGUCGGUUAAAUUCGACGUGAAGACAUCCCGAGAGGUCCUGCCGCUGUCCAUUGUGUUCAUCUGCAUGAUCACCUUCAACAAUCUGUGCCUGAAAUACGUCGGAGUGGCCUUCUACACGGUCGGUCGGUCGCUCAGCACCGUUUUUAAUGUGCUCUUAUCCUACGUUGUCCUGAAACAGACCACAUCAUUCCGAGCCAUACUGUGCUGUGGCAUCAUACUGGGUGGAUUCUGGCUCGGUGUGGACCAGGAAGGCAUGACCGGGUCCCUCUCCUGGACAGGGGUCUUUUUUGGGGUGGUGGCCAGUGCUUGUGUCUCUCUGAACGCCAUCUACACUAAGAAGGUGAUGCCAGCAGUGGAUGGAAACAUCUGGAAGCUUUCCUACUACAACAACAUUAACGCCUGCGUCCUCUUCCUCCCACUAAUUAUUGUGUUCGGGGAGUUUGGUCGGCUCGCCAGCUUCAGCCGUCUCACUGACCUCGGGUUCUGGUCCAUGAUGACACUCGGUGGAGUGUUUGGUUUCGCCAUUGGCUACGUCACAGGCCUGCAGAUCAAGUUUACCAGUCCACUCACACAUAAUGUCUCAGGGACAGCGAAGGCCUGUGCACAGACAGUCAUUGCUGUGGUGUAUAACUCCUCCAGUAAAAGCCUGCUGUGGUGGACCAGUAACAUGAUGGUUCUAGGUGGCUCGUCAGCCUACACUUGGGUCAAAAGUCUAGAAAUGAAGAAGACUCCCCACAGAGUCCCUCAGGACUCAGCCAGAGAAAAACUGCUGCCGGGAGAGAAAGGAAACCUGGGAGUGUAAAGACUAUAACCAUGCUGAGAAACCCUUGAUUUUUUAUUAUCUUUCUGCUGUGAGAAUGUGAAAUAAUGUAACAUUUAGAACAUGACUGAUUAGUGACUGAAGUCAAUCAAUGAUUUUUGAUCUUGUGGUUUUAUACACUAUGACUUGAGGACUGAAGGAAUUUGUAUAUAUAUUUUAUUUAAAGAUAUUCACGUGGA